GAAGCAACACGGUGGACCGUACGGUGCGAACAGAUGAACUAUGUUCUGACAAUGAAUGCAAGAAAACAGAAAAAGCAACCCAAGAAACGCAACACGCUGUAAAUGAAACACGAGACAACCAAAUAGAAGCUGAAAUCAAUGGUACAGAAAGGUAUGUCCAGGACGCCUUCCACCUCCACACAGGAAAUCCAGAUGGACAUGUUCGACCACCACGGAUCUCACUCGCAGGGGAAGUAUGCUAAGAGGAAGAGUCGCUUUAAGCGUUCUGAUGGCAGCACCUCUUCGGACACAACUUCAAACAGCUUUGUCCGGCAGGGCUCAGCGGACUCCUAUACCAGUCGCCCCUCAGACUCUGACGUGUCUCUGGAGGAAGAUCCUGAGGCCCUGAGGAAAGAGGCUGAUAGACAGGCGCUGGCCACCCUAGAGAAAGCAAAGACUAAGCCAGUUGCGUUUGCUGUGAGGACUAAUGUUGGUUACAAUGCAGGCCCUAACGAUGAUGUUCCAGUGCAGGGCAUGGCCAUUUCAUUUGAAGCCAAAGAUUUCCUGCACAUCAAAGAGAAAUAUAAUAAUGAUUGGUGGAUAGGGCGUCUGGUGAAGGAGGGCUGUGAGGUGGGUUUCAUCCCCAGUCCAGUAAAGCUGGAGAGCACUCGUCAGCUGCAAGAGCAGAGGAGUAGACAGAACCGCCUCAGCUCCAGUAAGUCUGGUGGGAGCUCCAGUCUGGACGUUGCCUCAGGAACACGCAGGCCCACCCCACCUGGAACAGCUGAUAUGUCCUCAGCGCUUUAUGAUGACUCAUCGGAUUUGGAAGCUGAGGAGGCGGAGCCUGUUGACAUGCGUGACCGCAAGGGCGUGGCCGGCAGUGUCACUUCCCCUCAGGGCAACAUACCCCGUCUGCCCUUCUUUAAGAAGAUGGAGCAUGUUCCUCCCUAUGACGUGGUGCCUUCUAUGAGACCCAUCAUCCUGGUGGGACCGUCGCUCAAAGGCUAUGAGGUGACUGACAUGAUGCAGAAAGCUCUCUUUGACUUCUUGAAACACAAGUUUGAGGGCAGAAUAUCCAUCACCAGGGUGACAGCAGACAUCUCGCUCGCCAAACGUUCUGUCCUGAACAACCCCAGCAAACACACCAUCAUCGAGCGCUCCAGUACCAGGUCCAGUUUGGACGUACUGGCUGAGGUGCAGAGUGAGAUAGAGAGAAUUUUCGAGUUGGCUCGGACUCUGCAGUUGGUUGCUCUGGACGCCGACACCAUUAACCAUCCGUCUCAACUUGCCAAAACAUCACUGGCUCCUAUAAUAGUCUACAUUAAGAUUGCCUCGCCCAAGGUACUGCAAAGGCUGAUUAAGUCCAGAGGUAAAUCUCAAGCCAAACAUCUGAAUGUGCAAAUGGUGGCAGCAGACAAACUAGCACAGUGUCCCCCUGAGCUCUUUGAUAUCAUAUUAGACGAGAAUCAGCUGGAGGAUGCAUGCGAGCACCUGGCUGACUAUUUGGAGGCAUACUGGAAGGCCACGCACCCUCCCAGCAGCAACCCCCCCAACCCCCUGCUGAACCGCACGAUGGCCACAGCAGCGCUGGCCGCCUCCCCCGAGCCCGUCUCCAACCUGCAGGGGCCAUUUCUGGUGCACAGUGAGCAGAAGAGGGAGGGGCCCGGUACAGAACGUGGCCUCCAGGACUACCAGACCGACCUGGGUGGCAAGCAGCCGCUGCGUUCCUCACGCAGCCAGUUGCACGCAGGGGGACGGGGCUUGUCACGGCAGGACACAUUCGAUUCGGAGACGCAGGGCAGUCGUGACUCCGCCUACACCGAUGACAUGGAGACAGAUCCAUACGAGGAACCGGACUCCUGCCGUGGCCGCUUAAACCCCGCCCACCACGCCCCCCGACAGGCGUCCUGGGAGGAUGAAGGGGCGGAGCCUGAUCAGGAGAACCUCAACAUAGCGCCGCCGAUGACCAAUCAGCACCAACGUGGGCGAGGCAAGCUGAGGGAGCGCUACUGUCAAGACGCAGAGGUGGGCGAGAGCACAGUGGGCCGCAACCAAAACCAAGAGGAGUGGAGCAGAGACGUGUACAUCCGCUAGAACCGUGAACCAGGGAGGAGGACUGGAAAAACGAGGAGAGAACAGAAGGGGAUGGCGGGAUGGUUUAAAGGAAUAGUUCGGUCGGAAAAAGCUAAUGUUGCUAACAAUGAAUGAAAAAUCAUCAAAUUAAGAUUUAUUAGAAAAAAAGGGUAACACUUCACUUCUGUUUGCUUCUACUUACUGGUUAUUAUUUCUGGUAAUUGUCAUGACAGAUGCCAUAACGUUUAAUGUCGUGACGGCUUAUGUCACAAGCUAAAUUUUGGCUGUGUACUUUAGUUAGCCAUCAUGACCUUAUGACAUGUAACGGUAACAUGACACUGUUAUAUUACUGUCCAUAAUCUGUCAUUUCAACCCAUGAUGGCAUAUAACAUGUUAAUGGCAUUAUGCCAACGCUAUGUAACAGGGUUCAGGUAAAGUGUUGGCAAAAGCUAAUGUUAGCUAAUGUUGCUAACAACAAAUGAAAAUCUACCAGUUACCACUAAGUAUAGAAAAGCUAAUGUUAGCUAAAAAAGCUAAUGUUAGCUCAUGUUAGCAUAUGUUUCUAAAUUAAAGAAAAUCUACCAACUAGCAUUAAGUAAAAAUGCUAAGGCUAGUCAAUGUUGCUAAAAACAAAUGAGCAUUAAGUAAAUGACAUUAGAUUAGAUUAGACCUACUACACAUGUUUACACAUAUAAAGUGCACAAACAAGGCAAAGGGCUGAAGACAUUUUACCAGUUGGGGGCUACUAGCCUCCAGUCAUUGUUAGCCACUUUAGCUUGUUGGUUAAACUAUUCCUUUAAGGCGGCAUAAGGGUUUAAAGUGGUAAGAAUGUCUAAAGCUGGAUUUGUUUACAACCCAGAGAAACCGUCACAGGAAAAACGCUGUACAGUUCAUACUUGCACCAAGCGCAUUAUACCAACCAGGCUUUCACUCAUCACAUAUUCACUCGGUUUUAUUUUGAGGGGAGGGAAGGGGGGCAAAGGUGCGCUCGUUUCAGUUUUUUUAUCUUUAUUUCUAUCUCACUUUGUGUAAUACUGCAUGAACCCUUACCAGUAAGAGGAUAGUUGCUGUUCCCAAGGAGAAUUAAAUAAGACUCAUAUAACCACAAAUUUGUGUGUGAGUGUGAGUGUGAGUGCGUGCGAGUGUGUACGGGUGCAUGAGUGUAUGUGUGUUUUUGUCCUCUGUAGUCUUAAUCAGGGUCUAUCUGAUACUAAAUAAGACUUUAUGCCCACUUUGGACUUCACUAGCCUCGAUUUCUAAGUUUUUGAGUUUAGUUCAAUUGACCUAUCUAGGCUCACAAAUGCCUUCUUUCAUAGCGACUGGAUUUUUGUUUAUAGCAAAAAACCUAUUCAAAGCUAAUAAGUUUAGUUCUCCAGUUAAAAAUGCUGCGCUAACAAGCCAUGCUGUUGUAGCUAAUUGAAAGUAGCCAGGUUGGAAGUGACAACAAUUUUGCCACCAUUCUAAUGUUAGCUCUAUUACAAAAAAAAAAAACUGCCACAGGUCUAUCCUAACAGUGUGACCUGUCACAUACAUACACAAUAAAUAUCAUUUGACAUUAAUAACGCACUCUAAAUUCACAGACUUUGACAAAAUCUGAGUGGUAUUCUACAAGAUCUCAUUAGCUUAAAUGAGAGUUUUGCAACAUUUGAAAGAGCGCAUUUGUGGGUGUAGCCUGAGUAGGUUAAUUCUGCAAUGGAACUGAAUGAAGUGGAAACUACAUUAAUAUUAAAAUAAAUUUUAUCCCUAAGAUAUUUCAUUUCACCUAGCAGAUAUAUUGGCUAAAAUGAAAGUGAUUUUUGUAUUUGAAUGCUCUACUGCCAUCUCAGUGGUGCAGUGGAUCCAGAUAAUCCUUUCACCUGGAAAUCGAGGCUAGAUCAAAACAGAUCUCUGCAAAGAGCUGCCAAUAUUUUUCAUGUAUAUACUUUCUCUGUUUCUUUGGAAAUUAUUUAUUAGAUGCUAGAAACUAUAUCACAUCUUUGGCCUGUUCUAGCUCCAUUGCUGCUAUGUGUCUUUCCAGCCUGUACAGUGUGCUGUUCUAAAACUCACUUUCGUGGUAUGAACAGCUUCAGUAAGGUGGCUAACACACACGAAAGCCCACCGGCAUUAACUUAAAUUAUGCUAACAGGUAUUAUUAUGCAAGAAAAAAAGAAACUUUGAAACUGCUUUAUUAAAUGUGAUAUCAUUUCCCACAUGUUUGAAGGAGUGUAACGUUACCAAACAUGAAUUGAAGAGUUCUAAAGAAUGGUCUAAAGCACUUCCAUCAAAGGCUAACACAGGUGACUGACAUUGUCGAGUAGAGGUUUGUGUUGUUAUUAUUAUGUGGCACUGUCCUGUCUCAUGUGUUCAUCUUCAUCUGCAGUUCAUGUGCCAGUCACCCAACUUAACCACUCACAAGUGCCGAAAUAUUUCACGAAACUACACCCACUGCCCACUGUGGGUCGUCUUAACUCAUAUUGACGUUGUGUGGGUGUGUUAUGAAAGUGUCGCCUCUCUGUUUUGGCUGUAGAGACAUGUCUGUGCUACUCUACUGGUUACUUUAGUUGCAGUAAGGUGCUGAUUGUGUGACAACGUCUACCACCCGUUUCAAUACUGGUUUUAACAAGCCCUCGCUCACUCCACUUGGCCUUACCAUUUAACUUUGGGGGAAUCCCCGAUGUUAUCUUAUGGCCUGUUUCCUUACUGUAUUAGCUCAAGUAAAGUGUGUUAGAUGAGCUCUCAGGAGGGCCAGGGAUCGAGUGAGCACAAGUGUCGACUUUAGGGGCAGAAUUUGCCCAGAAAUCACUGCGACCUGACACAUUACCUAUUUCAAACACAAAAAUGGAGGCAGUCAUGGUCUGGAGGUUGGGGAACCAGCCCUGUAACCGGAAAAUCGUUGGUUUGAUCCACUGAGCCAACAGUACGUGACUGAAGUGCCCUUUGGCAAGGCACCUAACCCCCAACUGCUCCCCGGGUGCUGUGGAUAGGGCUGCCCACUGCUCCGGGCACAUGUGCUCACUGCCCCUUAGUGUGUGUGAGUUAACUGCGGAGGUGAAAUUUCCCCACUGUGGGACCCUAAUAAGGGUCACUUGAUCUUAAAAAAAGGCUUAAGCCCCUUUCACACUCACAUACUUUUAUGAGUAAUGUUCGGGCUUUGUGUUGUUUGUGUCACAUUUGUACUAUUUUAUCAGGAUGCACACGUGCAUUCAUCUGAAUUAAUACAUUUUCUCUCGUUAAAACUGAAAAACUGUAAAAACUGGUCUGCUUUGCAGGCCAUGCUGCAUCACUUUUGUGCAAUAGCAACCAUGCACGCAUGCAAGGUAUUUUUUCACUCACAAAAAAGUCAACUGCAAAAGAGGAAAAAAAGCGUCACAGAAACCCUCAGCUUUGCCGAACAUAAUAUUGACGUCUUUGCCUUUCCUGAUAAAGUUUUGGCUUUUGCUCACAAAUGCGGCCUCCUUGUAAUUUGUAUUGGCUCUCAAGCAGGUACAUUUAUCGGGAUUUCGAUAACCUCUUACUGUUUUAUUACUGUUAAAUUAGUAAUAAACAAAGCCGUAUGAAAGCUGUAGAAGUUCACUACUUUAAAACUCUUAACAUUUGACUUGCCAAGUUUUAGGUAGCAAACUACUCAUUCUGAUAUACAGGAGUCCACUAGCUCACUGAGGCCAACCUGCCAGGGGUUAUUCUGCUCUUUGCUGUCUACUACUCCUCAAAUUCUGAGAGUGGCUGCUUGUGUAAAAUAGGUGUGACACACAUCCAAGUGGUGAGGGGAAAUUUGCGAGGGCAUGUUAUAAAAAAGUACUGAAACGGGGCCUAGAUUUCAACAUAGUCUGAAAACAAUUCAUACACACACACACACACACACACACACAGAGAGUAAAUCUUCUACUGCCUUUUUCUCCUGUUAUUGCCUUUUGUGUCUCUAUCUUUGUGGCCAUUUUAUAAACCAGGAUUGUAUGUGUGUGUGUGUGUGUGUGUGUGUGUGUGUGUGUGUGUGUGUGUAGGUGUGUGUGUGUGUGUGUGUGUGUGUGUAAAGGGGCAUUUAAAAAAAAGCCUUUGGUGUGCAGACAGUUUGUGAAAGUCUUUGAUGGGCCUAUUUUUACUCGCCUAUGUUUCAAAAAGGACAUCAUGCUGAUGAUGAAAUUCAGUAAAUAAUCUGAGUAAAUAGCUUAAUAAAUAAUGUUAUUGUUGCGUUAUCGCAAUUGUUAAUAUAUUGGAAAAAAAACAAAAACAUGUAAUCUUUGGUGCCUGAUUGUAGCUCCAUUUUGCUUUUUUUGCCUUUUGUUUUUAAUCUGUGGGUAAAUUCGUAUUUUAAUUAAAACUUUUAAUCAGAUUCAACCCUUUACUGUG